AUGUCGAGCUUGUCGGCCGAAAGAACCAAUAUCAGUAUGGGUUGGGCCGUGGACGAUACGACAAAUGAUCAUAAGAAUGGGUCGAAUCUGGGUGAAUGGAGCUCUCUCAUCGGUAUUAUAACAGCAAUAUCAGGCAAUGUCUUAAUCGCUCUAGCGCUCAAUGUCCAGAGAUAUUCGCAUAUUCAACUCCACCGUCGAAGAGUCGAGGCACGGGAACGAGCGAGGGAGGCACUAAAAAAGGCGAGGAAUGGACAUCAUAAUGGCUACGGAACAACUGAAACAUCUAUCGGCGACGCACAGAAUAAUAGCGACGAAGCAGCCAACACGGCAGAUGUCCAUCCACUUUCCCAGUCGAUACAAUCGGUCGAUUCUAACAUGACUGAGCGAUCAUGCGACGAUCCCAAUGUUUCUUCGACAUAUCUGAAGUCGCCCUCCUGGUGGGCAGGCCAGGUCCUCAUGACAGUUGGCGAGAUGGGCAACUUUCUAGCCUACGGAUUUGCGCCGGCUUCGAUCGUGUCUCCGCUGGGCGUCGUAGCCCUAAUAUCAAACUGCGUCAUCGCGCCUAUGUUCUUUGGCGAGAGAUUCCGGAAGCGCGACUUCUGGGGUGUAGUAAUCGCUGUUGGUGGUGCUGUCACGGUCGUGUUAAGCGCUAAGCAAGAGGAGACAAAGUUGGAUCCGCACGACGUUUGGGAUGCAAUCACGACGCUAGCAUUCGAGAUUUAUAUGGGCAUCUCUAUUCUACUUAUUAUAAUUCUAAUGUGGGCAAGUCCAAGGUAUGGUAACAGGACAAUCCUGAUUGACCUAGGACUUGUUGGACUAUUUGGGGGAUAUACCGCUCUAACAACCAAGGGUGUCUCUUCGAUGCUUUCGUCAACCCUCUUUAAAGCAUUUACUACCCCGGUGACAUACGGCCUUAUAAUUAUCCUACUAGGGACCGCAGUUAUGCAAGUCCGAUACGUGAACAAGGCACUACAACGGUUCGAUUCCACGCAGGUUAUACCUAUACAGUUUGUACUAUUUACUUUGUCUGUAAUUAUCGGAAGUGCUAUUCUGUAUCGAGAUUUCGAGCGCACAACGGCACAGCAGGCUGUCAAAUUCAUUGGUGGCUGUCUUCUCACCUUCUUCGGUGUCUUCCUCAUUACAAGCGGCCGGCCGCGGCAGGAAGAUACGGAUGAGUUAUCGGAUGACGAAAAUGUGGAAGAGACUAUUGGUCUCCGAGACCAAGAAGCGUCCGGGUCUUACACCGACCGAGCUGAGCAACCUAGAGCAGACGAACAGCAACCAACUUCUUCACCGCUAUCAAGGCGUCCGUCGUACAUCUCGCGAAACGGUUAUUCAAGCGCAAGUACCAAACCCUUGCCUCGCCCGCAGAGCAAAGCCCCUUCAAUCAACAAACACAACGCAUCAGCUUCGAGAACAUCUCUUCUCCCAACCCCAGUCGAGGCAUCACCACUACUUGAUAACCCAUGGAGAAACUCUCUUGAGGAUCAAUCAUUCCAUCCAGGACUACCACCUAGAUCGUCAGCGGAUAGUGUCCCAACGGUAUAUUCGAUAGCUUCUGCCGCUAUAUCAGAACCCCUUCAAUCAACUAUGAGUCUUCCGCAGCCGGUCGUCUCGCCAUCAUCUCCGGAUCGACCAACAACUCCACGUGCUUCUCAGACCUCCAGACCACACAGCCAUCACUUUUCUAAUGCCUUUAUUUCUCCAUCACCGCUGUCAUCAACCGUCAGCGCCGUGGUAGCUGAUGCUCUCUUACGUGGCGAAGAGAAUCCAGGUGGCCGAAGAAGGUCAAUUCGACGAGCAAGGCCUAGCAUUAGAUCGAGCUUAUUCGUCCCCCAUAGUGAAGACGAUAUCAGUUCAGCAGCCGAACCUCUUCUUCAAGGUUAUCGCGACGAUGAGGAACUUUCCUACCAGGACGACCCCUUGCCAAGCGACCGCAAAACAGUCCGAGGACGAGCGCGCAGCCUGAGUAGUACAUUAGGAGAGUUCUUCGGACGGAAGAAGCGGAGAAGGGUUUCAGAUCCAGAAUCAGGUACAGACUACGAGAGUACGCAUAGCGAUACCUCGAGAGUCGACCAAUCGACCAACAACUAA